UUCCGCAGGACUGAAGCUCUACUUCCUGUGUGGUCUACACGAGCAGACGCGAAAGAACGCUGUGUUCAAACACAGAGCAGCAGCGCGAUGCUCGGAACAUGACGGCGCUCCGCUGCUUCAGCGUCUGUUCUCUGCUUCUGCUGAACGCGUCCGCGGGAUUUGGAGAUCUGAGGCGUCCUGAGAAUGUCAGCAUGGACUCGCUCAACACCCGUUAUGUGCUGCGGUGGGACUGGCCUCACGAGACCGCCGCCAACCAGACCGUCACCUUCACUGCGCAGUAUAUACACUGGUUUCGGACACAGAAGAAGAAUUAUGAAAAGUACUGGAAAUCAGUGUGUGUCAAUGUUUUGGAGCAUCACUGUGAUUUGACUGGAGCUGAUCUGCAUUACCAAGGCGUAUUUCUGCUGCGUGUGCAGGCCAACACGUCACAGCAGACCUCCGGCUGGGUCCAGAUCAGAUUCUGUCCUGAUAAACAUGCUGCUUUAGGUCCUCCCUCCAGCGUGAAGCUGAACUCGGUUGAAGGAGAUCUAGAGAUCAUCAUCACCGACCCUCUGAGCAGCACUAACCAGUCCAUGAAAACUUUGCUGGACGACAGGUUCAGCUACCACAUCCAGUACUGGAAGCGUUCUGAAGAGCCUCAGACGGCUAAAGUCCUGGAGACGAAGAAUAGUGUGGUGAUGCUGACUGAGCUGGACAGACAGACGUGGUACUGUGUGAGAGUUCAGAGCCGUGUUGACUUCUAUGAGAAGAGCAGUGUCUUCAGCGACACACACUGCACACGCACUGAAGGUCAGAUGCCGUACUGGCAGAUAUUCCUGUACUUCCUGAUUUCUCUGCUGCUGUGCUUCCUGCUGCUGCUGCUGUACUUCUGCUUUAAGAAGAUGUUUCCGCUCCUCAAGAACACCUUCUGCCCAGCCAUUCAGCUCCCGGAUCACAUUCAGGAGCUGUGGUUAAAUGAAUCCGAGAAGCCGCAGCUGCUGGCUCCUGAGUCUCCAGAGUCUGUGUGUGAGCCGCUGGUCGUGGUCAGUGCUGAGCUGGACGCUGUGGCGGUGGAUGAGCGCUCACACACUGGGGAUCAGGACUCCAGCGCACACAGCCGACACAGCAGCGGAGACUCUGGCGUUUACUCCACAGAGGAGGACUCCUGUCACAGAUCCACCACACACGCUGACCUACAGAUGAGCAGCAGAAAGCACAGAGAAGAGCUGCAUGAUGGGAUGCUGCUGGACCCCUGUGCUUGAAACGGUCAACAGAUGUCAGAUGGACAUGACUCUAGCUAUUUGCAGCUUUGCCUUUCUCUCUUCCAACAUCUGUCAGCUUAUUGUACAUGUAGAGACAGCAGCACCUUACUGAGGUUUACGACAUUUGAGCGAUAUUUGUCAUAUCUGUUAACAUGCAGAUUUCUUAUGAUUCUUAUAGAAUCUUAAUUCAUUGUUGUCACUUGAUGUCUUUUUUGUUAGCUUUUACAAUAGCAGGGUUUAAAAAGAGAAUGAAUUCGUUAGUUUGACUGUUUUCUCAUUCAUCUCCACACAGUGUCAGAUGGGGGGGGGGGGCAAAGAAACAAAACAUUGUGAACCCUUUUAAGCCAAAGACAACCAUAAAACAAACAACAAUAAACCAAUUUGAGUUGCGUUGAGGUAUUAUUCCAUUUUGCCCUCCUUUCUUAAAACCCCCACGUGUGUGUAUGUGUUUUUAUAUAUUUAGCACCACCUUGUGAAAGUUUGAUGUAAGGUCAAAAAAAGUCACUGUUUUCUCAGUGGUUAGUUCAGGUCAUGUGACUCUUCAAGUCAAGGGUCAAACAGGAAAUGAAUGCAGUAUUCUAGAUUGUCUCCAUGCUGUUAGCCAGAAAUUCAUCCUCACGGUUUCCUUCAUAUGUUUUGCUUUGGACAGCCUUUGCUCUGUUUGUUACCGUCUUCAGUGUUUAUACAGAUAUACAUGUGUAUGUAAUCUGGAAUUCAUAGGUUUAAUGUAAAGAACAAAGUGCUUUAUGGCGAUUGCAUUUGUUAAGAUUAGUAAUAUUAAGCUAAAUGUUCAUAGAGGCUGUUUGUAAGCAAUCAUUUGUGAACUUUUUUAACAAGAUAUUUGUAAUUUUGCAUUUCAGUUUUAUAAAAAAAGAUAGAAAAGAAAAAAAAACAUCAGUAAAAAUGCCUGAACUGUACUUCUAUUAUCUGAUCCUGUCAGAUUUUCGAAUCAGUGGCAGAAUAUUUGAUAAUGUAGUGUUGUGCUGCGUUCCAAUGCGCCUACUUCUACUACGCCCUUAAAGUAUGUACUCUUUUGGUGAAGAAAAAGUAUGCACUUUUGAGUGUGUAGUAGAAGAUAGCCAAGCUUUGGGACAUGCUAUCAUUAUCUGCGUCUUUAACGGACCGCUCUGUCGCAUCUGUUACACGCACCGUCACUGUAAACUGGGCUGUCAAUCAUUGUCACAGUUAAUAUCCUCCACAUUUUAUUUCAUUUAACUUCCUACCAUAUUGGAGAGAAAAGAAGUAGCUCGUUGAUCUGCCAGUUGCGGGUCUUUCAUGCGGAGAACAUAUUUUCUGCGUAAUGAUGCAUUUAAAAGUUAACGACCAAUUAUGGAUGUUUAUAAAAGUUCACAUUGCUGUUGCAGAUGAAAUAUAACACGGAUAACAAUAAAUAAAUAUUUUUUUACCAGGUUAAAUGUUGCUUACUAGUAACUCAAACCCCUUUUUGUAAACUUACCUAACGGUAGAUCGCACUCAUCCGCCACGUUGGUAGUUUUUCUAACGCUUUUUAUUCGUGUUUGUAGUUCUGGACCGAAUCCUUCGCCAAAGUGCAAUGCAUUGUGGGCAAUUUUAGCCAUUAGAGUGUGCACGGAUCCACACUUCAAAAAUCGACCUGAAAUAGUAGACCAUCCGGGGACUUUUGGCAUUCUCUUUUCAACAUACUAUGCUUUGGGACACACUUAUUAUAAUCUCACAUACUAUUUAGGAUGGAAGGUAUGAACACUGGGACGCAGGGUUGGUGUGCCUCCAGGAACAGGGUUGGAAAACCCUGCUGUAUGCCUUUGGUUUGCUAAUUACAAAGGCUUGUACAGCUGUGUUCACUGAAGCUUUGGUCAGCCAUGUGUUUUAUUGGAGUGUGUGCUGGCACAGAAGGCAUUGCAAUCCUACUGACCUGCGUCCCAUCUGCACCUCUCUCUUUUUCUGUGGGUCUCUGGAAUUGUCAGUCAGCUGUCAAUGAAGCAGACUCUAUUACAACAAUUGCUUCUCAAUCUACUCUCAGUAUCUUGAGCUUGACUGACACCUGGAUUCGUCCAGAAGACUCCGCAACCCCUCCUGCUGUCUCCAACAACUUCUCUUCCUCUCACACCCCGUAAGUUUGGGAGGGGUGGAGGUACUGGUCUUCUCAUUUCUAGCAAUUGGAAAUACUCAAACCACGCUCAAGUCAAGUCACCUUUAUUUAUAUAGUUCUUUAUAAAAUACAAAUUGUGUCAAUGCAGCUUUACAGUGUUAAAUGGGAAAAUAAUGUGUCAAUUACACAAGAGGAUGAUAGUAAACAGUCAGUUUUUCAGUUAAAGUCAGUUCUUCAUUGAUUCAGUGAUGUCAUCGUCUAGCUCAGCUCUCUUCCAAUAGUAUCUGUGCAAUCAAGCCGACAAUAUUGCCAGAAAUUAAGUGUCCCCAACUAAGCAAGCCAAAGGUGACGGUGACCUAAAUAAUGCAGCCUAAAAAUCCUUUAACGAAUUUGAAUUAUAGAAAUGUGUUAGUGUAUUAUGUGUAAGCCAGGUUAAAGAGAUGGGUCUUUAAUCUAGAUUUAAACUGACAGAGUGUGUCUGCCUCCUGAACAGUGUUAGGUAGAUUGUUCCAGAGUUUGGGUGCUAAAUAGGAAAAGGUUCUGCUUUGAGUUUUGAGAACGCAGCGGACGUGAAGGACUAUAAUUCAAUAAGAGCUCGAAAUACUGAGGUGCCAAACCAUUCAGGGUCUCAUAGGUAAUUAGCAAGAUUUUAAAAUGUAUACGAUAUUUGAUAGGGAGCCAGUGCAGUGUUGACGAAACCGGGGUAAUGUGGUCUUACUUCCUGGUUCUAGUAAGAACUCUAGCUGCUGCAUUUUGGACCAACUGUAGUUUGUUGAUCAAGCGUGCAGAACAACCACCCAAUAAAGCAUUACAAUAAUCUAACCUCGAGGUCAUGAACGCAUGAAUAAUUGUUUCUGCAUUUGACAUUGAGAGCAUAGGUCACAAUUUAGAUAUAUUUUUAUCCAAUAAUUAACACACCUGUUUUUUUCAGAAUUUAACAGUAAGAAAUUACUCGUCAUCCAGUUUUUCAUAUCAACUAUGAAUUCCGUUAGUUUUGCAACUUGGUGUGUUUCACCGGGCCGCAAAGAAAUACAGAGCUGAGUAUCAUCAGCAUAACAGUGAAAGCUAACACCGUGUUUUCUGAUUAUAUCUGCCAAGGGUAACAUGUAAAGCGUGAAAAGUAACGGUCCUAAUACUGAGCCUUGAGGUACUCCAUACUGCACUUGUGAUUGAUAUGAUACCUACAUAUGAUAUACAAAUCGAUGGCAGUCAGAUGAGUACGAUUUGAACCAUGCUCUAAUGCCAACAUAAUUUUCUAGUCUAUUCAAAAUAAUGUUGUGGUCGAUAGUGUCAAACGUGGCGCUAAGAUCCAGUAGCACUAAGAGAGAGAUACAACCAAGAUCAGAUGAUAGAAGCAGGUCAUUUGUAACUCUAAUGAGAGCAGUCUCAGUGCUGUGAUACGGCCUAAAACCUGACUGGAAAUCCUCACAGAUACCAUUUUAAGGAACAUAGUUGUGAUGAUACUACCUUUUCUUGUAUUUUUGACAGAAAAGGGAGAUUCAAGAUCAGUCUUUAAUUAAUUAAUUCUUUGGGGUCAAGUUGUGUUUUUUUAAUGAGAGGCUUGAUGGUUCAAGCCCAUCCUCCGAAGUUGCGAGAGAUAGCUCUUCCCCUUCGCGAGUAUAAAAAAGAGAGAGAAACUCGCCCUGAGACGAGCUCUCAAACUCAUUCGGCAGCUCAGCCGGAAGACACGAAGCAUGAGAGGAACAAGAGUUACACGAGGAACAAAAUAACAUUAUAAAAUAAUAUUUUGUGUAACCACUCUAAUGAUAGCUGAAAUGUGGUACUUUAUUCACUAAAAUAAAUGUAAUCAUACUAUAUCUGUCACAGUUAUGUUCUGUUUGUCUCAGUUUUAAUGGACUUUUAGUUUGUUUUCUUCCCUCAUGUGUUCUUUGACCUAGUUUUCCCUUGUGUCUGAUUAUGUCAUUAUGUUCAGGUGUGUCUUGUUUAGUAUCUUCAUUAGUCUGUUUAUUUAAGUUCUGUCUGUGGUUGUCGGGGCUUGUCAUGUGUCACCAGCCUGCCUGCAUGUGGAAUUACCUUUAUGUGGAUUAAUUAAAGACUGUUUGACUUCA